AUGGGCGUAAUUGGGUCUAUGAAGGUUGUUACAGGCGCAGAGAGACGUGCAAGGCCUGAUCUGAUCCAACCAGGCGACCGCGAGUGGGUUACAGUGAUCCAGAGCGUGUGCGCUGCUGGGUACGUGACCCCGCCCUUUAUUAUCUACAAGGGACGCGUCCACAUCUCUGCGUGGUACGAGGAGACCUCAAUACCGCGCAAUUGGAAGCUCUCAGUCUCUGAGAACGGCUGGACCAACAACGCGCUUGGUCUAGAGUGGUUGAAGCACUUUGACGCGCAUACAAAGGCGCGUCAGGAUUUCAAGGACUACUGCCUUGAGCACAAGAUCCUGACCCUCUGCAUGCCUCCCCAUUCGUCGCACAUCCUCCAGCCGCUUGAUGUAGUCUGCUUUUCGCCGCUGAAGCGCAAGUACUCGCAGCGCGUCAGAGACUUGGCACGCCGCCGCGUCUUCCACAUCAACAAGGAAGGCUUCCUGCCCGCCUUUAGGGACGCGUUUUUAGACGUGUUUACGAAGGAGAACUGUCAAAAGGCCUUUGAGGCAUCUGGGCUAGUCCCUAUCAACGCGCAGGUUGUGUUAGAUCGCCUUGAAGUGCGGCUGCGGACCCCA